AUGUAUUAGAAAUCAUCAUUAAAAAAACAGAAUAAUGAUAUACCAGAUCAUUACCAUUUAGAUGAAAAUUAAGAACAAGAUUACAAUUCAGUUUGCGGUUAUAAUUCAUAUGGAAUUCCUUAAUACCAUUAGUUGCCAAUCAAUGUAUAUAUGAUUCUGCCCCAAAACUAUUAAGAAAACUUUGACACUAAUAUCCCGUAUAUGCAAUAUCAACCUUAGCCCUAGACUCCAAUCAGAUUCGAACAUCAGCCUUCAAAAUAAAUCAAAGCUAAGAAAUUAUAUAAGAAGAAACAAGCCACAAUUAUUACACAAUCACAAUAAUCAGUCUAAUAACAAUUUUAGAGAACAGAUGAAUCAGAACAUGAAAUCUGGCCAUAAGCCAAUUUCGAAAUAGAUUAAAAUGAAAAUGAAAAAAAAUAAUUAUUCCAACAAACUUUGACUGGAUUUGUUUUGAAGUUAUUUGAAGCUCAUUAAAAUACAACACUAAGUGAAAGAUAUAUUGUGGAACAAGUACGUUCAAAUUUAUGCAAAUUGAAAAGAUUAGAUGGCAGCAAAUAUAAAGGGAAUUUGUACAAAACAGUUAAAGGAAGUUUAACAUCAAAUGGAAUUUUUAAAGUUGAGUAAAAGAAAGAAAAUGAAUCAUAUUGGAUUGUUUGCUAAUCUGCUGCAGAUGAAUUUCAAAAAAGAACAAUCGAACGAAUUUAGACUACAGAUAAAAAAAAGCCAUCUAAAAAAAUGAAAUUGCAAGAUGACUCUUAAUAAAAUAAGGAGAUCCAAGAUCACAUUAAAUACGAGUUUGCACAUGCAUAUGGAUUAUUAAAUGGAUUUUUAGAAACAUAACCAAGUCUAAAGACAUUUAUCGAAUAAAUAGAUUAGAAUGAUCUGGAGAGGAAUAGAAACCUAAGAAAUUACAAUUUGGAUCUUGUAUAAAAUGGUAUCAAGGAAUGCUAAGACUUUUUUGAUGAAUUGAUAAAGAAAUAAAAAAAUGAAAUUAUGUAAAAUUGA